AUGAAGACUCUGCUCCUGAGGCUUGUGCUCGGUGUGCUUUGUGCCGCCCAGAUUACAGGGGAAUGGCACACCAUUUACACAGCGUCCGAUAAUGUGCAGAAGAUACAGGAAAAUGGCUCACUAAGGGGUUACAGCCACAGGACUGAAUGUAGUAACAGCUGCAAAACACUCUCCAUUACUUACUAUAUCAAGUGGAAUUUGCCAAAAUUUUCAGGUAAAAAUUAUUUCCAACUGAUUCAUGUAUCAAAGAACAUGUUGGUAAUCUACGCUGAAAACAUUGAUGGGGACGAGACCACACAUCUGACGGAAGUCACGGCAAAAGGACGUGACCUCAAUGAAGCAGAAUAUAAGAAGUUCGAAGAGCUGCCUAAGGACAAGGGUGUUCUGACGGAAAACACAGAGCACGUCAUCUCAACAGGUGAGGUCCCAGAGUACGGCGUGCACCUGGCAGACACUGGUUUCUCCUACCCCGUGAACACCUCCACCUACAGUCCGCGCAAGGGGGAGGAGCCAGCGGAACUGAAGGCUGCCCUGCGGCCUGACGUAAUGCGGAAGACUGAGCGUGUGGCCGGCGCCGGGCCGUCCACGGAGACGGCGGGAGCCGUGCGGGCGCGGGGCGCGGAAGGCGUUCCUGCACGGAGGGGCUGA